UAGGCCUGCAGGCUGGCAAAACUGAAUGGACUCGCUUUUGGGGUGUGGCGUCAGUGCGGCUGCGCGCGAGCCGGUGCCGCGGUACUUAACUUCGCAGCCCCGGGUGUCGGAGGUAGCCAUGCAGGGAGCACCCUUGGAGCAGCCGGCUAAGCGGCCCCGCUGCGAUGGCAGCCCAAGGACGCCACCGAGCACUCGUCGUGCAGCAGCGAACCAGUCUGCAGACGCCGACUUCCAGAACAGCGACCUCCGAACCUGGGAUCCGGAGGACGUGUGCUCCUUCUUAAAGAAACGUGGUUUCCGAGAGAAGAAAGUGCUGGACAUCUUCAGAGACAAUAAAAUCACCGGCUCGUUUCUGCCCUUUUUGGAUGAGGAUCGUCUGGAAAAUCUGGGAAUAAGUUCCUUGGAGGAGAGGAAGAAGAUGAUAGAAUGUAUCCAACAGCUGAGUCAGUCUCGGAUUGAUCUAAUGAAGGUAUUUAAUGAUCCCAUUCAUGGCCACAUUGAGUUCCACCCUCUCCUUAUCCGAAUCAUUGACACACCUCAGUUCCAGCGACUUCGAUACAUCAAGCAGCUGGGGGGCGGCUACUAUGUUUUCCCUGGAGCAUCCCACAAUCGGUUUGAACACAGUCUCGGAGUGGGGUACCUAGCAGGCUGCCUGGUGCGAGCACUUGCUGAAAAACAGCCAGAGCUGCAGAUCAGUGAGCGAGAUAUGCUCUGUGUUCAGAUUGCGGGGCUCUGCCACGACCUAGGUCAUGGGCCAUUUUCUCAUAUGUUUGAUGGAAGAUUUAUCCCACUUGCUCGCCCAGACAAAAAGUGGAGGCACGAACAGGGCUCGAUUGAGAUGUUUGAGCAUCUGGUUAAUUCUAAUGAACUCAAACUUGUCAUGAAAAACUACGGUCUCGUCCCUGAAGAAGACAUUACCUUUAUCAAGGAACAAAUUAUGGGACCACCUAUAACACCAGUCAAAGAUUCUUUGUGGCCAUAUAAAGGACGCCCUGCCAAGAAGAGCUUCCUUUAUGAGAUAGUGGCUAACAAGAGGAAUGGUAUCGACGUAGACAAAUGGGAUUAUUUUGCCAGAGACUGUCACCAUCUUGGAAUCCAAAAUAAUUUUGAUUACAAGCGCUUCAUUAAGUUUGCCCGUAUCUGUGAAGUGGAAUACAAGGACGAGAAGGAUAAGACCUAUACCCGUAAGGUGAAGCACAUUUGUACGAGAGAAAAGGAGGCUGGAAAUCUGUAUGACAUGUUCCACACACGCAACUGCUUACACCGAAGAGCUUAUCAACACAAAAUUGGCAACCUCAUCGACAUAAUGAUUACAGAUGCUUUCCUCAAAGCAGACCCCUACGUGGAGAUUACAGGGACUGCCGGGAAGAAGUUCCAUAUUUCCACAGCCAUUGAUGACAUGGAAGCCUUCACUAAGUUGACGGAUAACAUUUUUCUGGAGAUUUUACACUCUACGGAUCCACAGUUGUCUGAGGCCCAAAGUAUUUUAAGGAACAUUGAAUGCCGCAAUCUAUACAAGUAUCUGGGUGAGACCCAGCCGAAGAGUGAUAAGAUUAGGAAGGAAGAAUAUGAACAGCUUCCCCAAGAAGUUGCUAACGCCAAACCUGAAAAAGCCCCGGAUGUUGAACUGAAGGCGGAAGACUUCAUAGUUGAUGUUAUCAAUAUGGAUUAUGGGAUGGAAGACAAGAAUCCAAUUGAUCGUGUUCACUUCUAUUGUAAAAGCAACAGCAAGCAAGCGGUCACAAUCAAUAAAGAGCAGGUGUCACAACUGCUGCCAGAGAAAUUUGCAGAGCAGCUCAUUCGGGUGUACUGUAAGAAGAAAGAUGGGAGGAGCCUGGACGCCGCCGGGAAGCACUUUGUUCAGUGGUGUGCGCUCAGGGACUUCACCAAGCCACAGGAUGGUGACAUUAUAGCUCCACUCAUAACACCUCUGAAAUGGAAUAAUAAGACUUCAUCUUGCUUCCAAGAAGUAUCCAAAGUAAAAACGUGUCUAAAAUUUUAAGUGAAUAUCUGUGGUUAGUUCUUUAAAGAAACCACUUUCCCUCUUGACAAUUAAGUUAGGAAAUAUAAUCAGAGCCCACCAAUGAUCUUUAUUUAGUAUCUGGAAUGUAUUCUCAUGUUGGGAUGGGGUCAUUUUCAUUCAAAAUGAGAAAUUGUAAUAUUAACAAAUUUUUCCUAUCUAUCCUGUGGUGAUUUGAAUAAGAAUGGUCCCAUAAGCUCAUAUAAUUCAAUGCCUGGUCACCAGGGACUGGAACUGUUUGAAAGGAUUACAAGGAUCAGGACAUUCGGCCUUGCUGGAGGAAGUGUGUCACAGAAGGUGUGCACGCUCCUGUGCUCGCACUCUCCCUCCCUCCUUUCCUCCCUUCCUCCCUCCCUCCCUCCCUCUGACCCUCCCUCCCCUGUCGAUCAGCUACUACAUAGUACCACGGUCCUCGUUCCUCGCCGUGAUAAUGGACUAACCCUCUGAAGCUGUAAGCACACCCCCAGUUAACUGCUCUCUUUUGUAAGAGUUGCCUUGGCCAUGGUGUCUCUUGAUAGCCAUAGAACAGUGACUGAGACAGAUGCUGUAAAAAGCGUUAGCUUGUGUAUUUUUAGCAUUAAUUGAAACCUUUCUCCUUUAGCAAUCUAUUUCCCAGGAUAACUCUCCCAUCUAUCCUGAAUUCUUGGAACAAAGGAUUGUCUUUUGUUUUUUAAUCAGAAAUUGAGACAAGGGUACAAAAACUAGAAUUCGAAAUGGAAAUUGUGAUGUACCAUGUAGCUAAAAAAAUGAACAAAGCUGGGCGUGGUGGCCCAAGCCUUUAAUCCCAGC